ACCCACACCCACACCCUCAAGAACGAACGAAAUUGGAGUCGUGCACCUAAAAAUAUUCUCUUGUUAGCAGUUUGAUUUUUCAGCUUUCUAGAAUAGUGAGUUUACUUUCUCCGCUCUGCCUAAUUGAUUUUUUAGUCUUGUGUAUUUGCUGAAUUUCUGCUGCUCUCUGUUUACUUAGAAUUUUUUCUCCGCUCGUCUAUUUACUGAUUUUUAUUUUUCCUUUUACCGGGUGAGUUUUCACUCUCGUCUAUCUAUAGACGCUGCAGUUACUUCUCUGUUUACUCAAUUUUACUAAGGUGCAUUGGAGUAGUAAAAAAAGAGAAAGAUCAACAGUCGCUUCGAUUUUCUCACACGUUCAACUGCCAGUAAGUAACUAUAACAGGAGACGGUGCCUGUGGAUAGAAUCUGCCAGAUGCAGUGAAGAAUAGUCGAAAUCUCUAGAAUUGAAAUAUAAACCAAAAUAAAACUGUUUUGCAGACCAGUACUCAAUAUUUGACCUGAGUGAGACGUGUUGUAGAAGUAGAAGGCUGUUGACGAGUCAACAUCUAUAGUAACAAAAUUAAGAGUCAUACUUAAUUAUACGGAUAGAAGAUCUUAUCUAAAUAUUUACUACUUUCAUAGAUUAAAACAAGUAUUAGUGAUUAGAGAGCGAAAACUCAACUAGAAUGUUGGAAAUACCUUUUCGAUUGAAACCUUUUAUUUCAUGCACAUAAACUUCUGCAGCUUCCUUCUUGAGAUUUAGACACAGUGAUUAAAAGAUAAGCCAAUUUAUAAUUAUUUUAACUUCUAACCAUUUUUCUCGACGACCAAUAUUUUGAAAAACAGUUUCAGCUCUCACAAUGCUCAGUAUAGAUUAUAGUAGGCUUCAUGAGUGGCACUCUUUUUUUCACCUUGAAAUUCUUGUUUCUUUAUAAUCCCAUAGAAAUGCAUGAAGGACGAACAGUUUUAGGCAUUCGUGUAUGUUAUGAUAAGAAUAAAAUGAAAAAAAGUACAGAACAGAAAAUGUGAAUGUUUUUUUUUGCGACAUCAAAAGGUAUGCUGUGGCUGAUUUCACAAAUGUUGAAUUUUUGUAUCGUAUUGCAUACUUUCUUCUUCAGAUUUCUUUGAUUAUUUCGGAUAACUCGACGAACCAAAAUAAUUGCCGAUACUUUAUACCCUUCGAAUAUUGUUAGAUUUUCUCGUCAUAAAAUAUUCAUGGAAGAUUUUCGAACGUCCAAUAGUCGUGUAUACAUCAAAUGUCUAGUUGUUCUAUUAUUCCUCAUAGUCAUCGGGUAUACUUACAGCAGAUCAAACAGACAAAUACUCAAAGAUUAUAGACGUUUCUUACAGUGUGAAACUCCAGCGGCAACACCCUUACUGUCAAUAUGGAAUCCAUCGCCAACGGCAAGAAAAAAUGCAAUUGCUAUUUUAUUUGAAGGAUCUAUAAUGGAUUUAGCGCCUAAGGUAAAAGUGCUUGAUGCGUAUAUUUCUGAUAAUUUGACGGCAGACAUCAUUAUUUUCCACACUUCAUAUCCUUCGAAAGUCCAUUUACAGUCGUUUGCCAGUACCACUAAACGUCAAGUUAUUUUCUAUAAUAUAGACGGCAUAUUUACAUCGUUUCCGAAAGGAUUCGAUCCCUAUCUAGAAGAACCAACUUGGUCAAAACGAGGUAAAUGGAAUUAUCAUCAUAUGUGUCGAUUUUGGUUCAAACUUAUUCUGGAUAUUCCAUUAAUUAAUAAAUAUGACUAUGUUAUGAGACUUGACAGUGAUUCAAAAGUAAUGGGAGUUUGGUUUAAUGUUUUUGAGCUGAUGAAAAAUAAAACGGCGGUCAAUUUUGCUAACGUAGAACAAGCAGAUACCGAAGCUAUAUUACCUGGUCUAAUGAAACUGAAAACAUUUACACUUGACUAUCAAAAGAAAUAUGGGAUAAUUCCUAAAAAUCCGAUCAGAUUGACACGAGCUUUUGACAUUCCCAAUCAUAUACGCUUACAUAAUACAAAUUUUGAUAUAUUCAAAGUCGAGUUUUUCAAAAGUCAACUUGUUACUCAUUGGAUUAAUGCAGUGGACGAAAGUUUUGGUAUAUUUCGAUAUCGGUGGGGAGAUCAUGUGCUCAGAUAUCUAACAACCGCAAUGUUUGCCACUCCAAACGAAGUACUUGUAAGAACGGAUUUCAAUCUGUCUUACUGUCAUCCAUGCUAA